CAAAGAUUGACAUCUGUCACCACUUUAGUAUAUCUGACUAAAUUAUUGUAAAUAUUAAUAAAUUUUAGUCGUUAAAAUAAAUAAAAAUGCCAAAGAAAAUGGAAAAUACGAAAGCAGUGGCGGCCCGGGAACGUAAAAAGAGCGCAAAAGACGCAGAAACGGCUAAAAAAAAGAAAGAAGAGGAGGAUGCCCAUUGGAAGGACGACGAUAAGCAAGUGUUAAAAAAGCAACAGAAAAAAGAAGAGCAAGAGAAAAAGAAACAGGAAUUGCUUAAAAAAAAGGCUGAAGCUAAAGCAUUGCUCGAACAAGAACAAGCUGCCAUUAAUAAGGUUAAAAAGGUGGCCCCUCCACCAAAAAUUACAAGAGCACAAAUUUCGACAGCAAACACAACGACAGCUCCAGUGAAGGAAGAGAAAAAAGUUGAUACUCAUCUCGAUACUCCCUUAAUUGAAAAUGUCAACCGUAUGGCCAUUGAGGGCGAAGAGGCUAGAUCUAUCAAUGAAGCAAUUGCUAUUUUGAGUAAUACACCCGAUGAAGUGGAUAAACAUCCUGAAAAGAGGAUGAAGGCUGCCUAUUCUGCAUAUGAAGAAAGGCGAUUAAAGGAGUUAAAGCUGGACAAUUCGUCACUAAAGUUGUCCCAAUUAAAACAAAUGGUGUUCAAGGAGUGGCAAAAGUCACCCGAGAAUCCCUUAAACCAAUGAUUAUUAUUAAUAUAUUAUCAUCGAAUUGUGAGAGAGAAACAUUUGUUAAUUUUUGUUAAAUAAAGUCAAUCAAAC